AUGAUGCCUGAGUCGUCGAGUGAGAUCUCGGGCCCGGUACAGUCCAUUCGUCGCUCGGUCACCCUCCCCACGAAGUUAAAUCCACAGGCGCAACGUGGUACCGCUCCUAUAAAUCUCUCAGAAAACGUCAUUUUCUAUCAUCCCUCCGCAAAGAUUGUGCAUUUCGCCCCAAGAGCCCUCGUUCCUAUCCCGUCGAGUUCCGCGCCGUCCGAUUUCGACUACCCGGUCGAUACCAUCGAAACGCUCCCCUGGCGCUCGGCCACUGAACGAACUGUCGCAACAGCGCCACUAAGGUUGGAAAAGGUCCAUGGGUUGACCGUGUUCCUGAAAUGCGGCAAUGUGGUUCAUGCGAUCCUGAAGAACUCGCAGUGUUGGUGCGUCGAUGGGGUGUCGAAAUUCGUCUUGCGCAUUCGCCCUCUCACUUAUUAUCGGAUCGAGAUCCCCCACGAUUCCGAAGAAAAUAAAUCGCUUGUGGAGGAUUUAAAGGUCGCCCUGCCAACCGUUCUCCGAUACGAGGUAACGCCAUGCCCUUUCAAGCGGACCUUCACGGUAGAACUGCCCGAGGAUGCGAUGGCACCUCGGCGCAAGAAAGCAUGGCGACCCAAGGAACGCAAAGAUAGCCUCACUCCCAUAUCAGGCCUGUCAUCUGAAAUUAAUUCUGAAUGGAUAGACUCGGCUAGUACUGGAGAGGACACUGAUGGAGCUGGCACUGAUGAUAGUGGGCUGACCCCACAGGUAACGAAUAGCACGACCUCCGAGGCCUUACCAGUUGGUGAUCAAUCUACUCUCGCCCCCAGCGCCGAGCCUUCGCGCGAACCAGUGCCAGCUCGGCGGUCGGUAACUGAUACGCCACAGACCUUCACGAGUCUAUUAGCGAAGUUCGAUGCCGCUCCCGUUAUAGGAGAUGUCCCUGGACCUAUGAACCCAUCAACUGUAGAGAAUUCUGCGUCUAAAGGCCAAAGGGGAGCUGAGACAUGUACCUUGAGUUCGGCAGAACAUGAGGCAGUAGAUGACGAUCACUCUAUAGAAGAUGCUUCAAACCCCCUAGUUGAUGCUUCAGAGACAAUUUUGCAAUCAAAAGAACUCCCUGUGCUGCAGGAGGCUCUGGAGUCGGAGGACAAUCGCACCUGUGACGAUGCUAGCAAACCAGAGGAAGACCUGGUAUCCGCGAGGGUUGCGGCUGUCGAGAAUAAAUUGACCUUAUCUGCUUUAGAGGUCGCUGAGAAUUUGAGAGAACCGCUUCUUCCCGACGCAGGCGUGGAAACCUUGGGUCAGCAAGAUCAGAAUGAUUAUGCAGUUCUCCGUGAGACCCAAAUUCCCUUGAAACCAUCUCUUCAUGCGGAAGCGGUUUGUUCCAAAAACCGUUCGGUUCCAGAUGACGACCGACGCGAGAUUUUGACGCCAAAUGUCAAUUUCGAUCCUGGUUCGGAUUUCGAAUCCGAUCACGAUAUCUCGUUUUCGUCUUCUCCUGAAUCUUUCCAUUCCGCAGAUCUCGGUUCUUCGGCGGACACACACUCUGCCAAUACUUCACCUAUUGCAUUGCAUGAAAUUGCCACUGAGAUGAAGCCUUCAAAUGACCCAGGUGCAGGUAGGAUAAUGAGCUCGACAACACCAUCCAUAUCUCAUCUCGCUGGAGAUAGCCCUCCAUCAACGAUCGACAUACCUUCCACGCAAGGCUCUUCCGAAAAUUACGACACUUCUUCAGGGAGUAUCAUAAUGCCGAAGUAUAUCGUCCGCGAGGAUCCGCCCAAGAAGCCUUCUUUAAGUAUCCCUUCGGACAGAAGCAAAAUCUCCCGACCAGCACCCAAAGCUGCAUCUCCGACAACGGAUUUCAAACAUAUGAGUACCGAGUUCCGUCGUCGUGCGCAAGCGACGACAAGGCAACGUGAUAUCUCACCAAUGCCCCCGGCGUCUGCUAUUUACCAACCAUCGUCCAGCGAACCAGCUGGUUCACUCUUAUCAAAGGCCUUGGCCCUCGUCUUGGUACCUCCAAUCCAUCUUUUCAUCAUUCUUCUUCAUGUGGCCGCACGCAUUGUCAUCAGCCCAGCACUCAACACUACACUUGGUGAACCAGUCAUGGCUCAGCCAUCCAGUACAGAGGCUUCCACCGAAGAUGAUUUCAGUUUUCCUUUGGAGCGCGAGGCUUCUUCCGAAUACGAAGAGGCCCAUACUGGCAGGAAGCUAGAUCCUUGGGAUCUUGAUUAA